GAAUCCAACAUACCAUGUCCCCACUAUUCAUCGCCAGCAGCCGUUCGCACCUCCGAUCGCGCUGUGCAGCUUCUCGUUCAUGACCGUCCGCUUCCUCGACAUUUGGGGCACUCACAGAUUACCGCACACGAGUCCAGCGCUGGAAUGAUGUCGUUUCAGCAGCGAGACAAGGUCAUGUUAUGUGGGGAGUCUUUCGUGGAUCGGUAGCGUGCAGAAGCUAUGGCUGGCAGACCACGGAGCUGCAAGAACGUUCUUGCAGGCGCUUUCAGCAGCUGCUCUGUCCUCAUUCGCUCAAUCGUUGGCGGGUACUUGGAUCUUGUAGAGUCGUAUGUGUUUGUCUUGGGGUAGGAUGGCGGGCGGCGCGUCGAUCGAUGCCACAACGAGGCCAUGAUCGUUCACAAGCUGGAAGAAGAUCGCAUCGGACGCAGUGCAUCUUGUCUGGUGCGCAAGCAGCAUCGUCGAAGCCUUCACUCGACCGCCCUUCAACAGCACGGCGAUCGUCUGAACGAGAGGUUCAAUCAGGCUUUCCACCCACACGAUGUCCGACCCCACGACCAUGUCAACGCCAUCGGUGAAGGAUGACGACUGAGGAGCAAACCAGUCCAACUCGGACACGGCCACGGCCGCCGGCGAUAUCGCACCGCGAUUCAGCUCGACAUUCCUCGAGAGGUUCUCGAGCGCGUACGCCAAAUCUGUCAAGGUUACGUGGGAGGCCCCGCAAAGAGAGGCCGCGAGUCCAACGAGACCCGUACCCGCGCCAAGCUCGAGGACGCGUUUGCCGCGAACGUUGUCGUCGUGGCCGACCGACAAGGAAACGUGCUCGAGAUACCGCGCUAGCACCACGGACCCGUCCCAAAUCGUGAGUCCUGUGCCUUUGCCAGUGUUGCCGACUUCUCCGAUGUAUAAAGGAACUCCAUGGACGCGGAACUCACCCCUUUCAAACGCAAAACCGAACGACCGGCUUGCAAUGGCGAGCACGGGCUGCGACGCUGUGUCGGACGAUGGGGACAGGAAGAGGCGGGUGUGUGACUGGAUUUGAUGGCCAUGACGGAGCGGGACAAUGGACUGUGUUGGAGUAUCAUACAGCGUGAUGGACAUGCUCGCGACAUCAUUGGGAAGGCGCAAUUGAUCGUGCAACGCGGCGCGAAGGUUGUCGAGCGAGGCACCUUUUGCCACGCGGACGCGACGAUGUCCCUCAAACCAAGCAUCUGCUUCGACGAUCAGAAUAUUCAUUUCUUGUGGAAGUUGCGACGUGCACAGUGGUGAAGCGCUUGGAGAGUGAGCCGUGGAGAUGCGAAGCGUCGGGAGCAAUUCCACCACCCACGUCACCAACAUGCAAACCAAUAUGGGCAUCGACAAUGCGAUUUCCGGAUAAUGCACCGUUUAUCCGGUUUGACUCCAUUGCACGAAAGGAAACUUGAAUGGAGGCAAGCGGUAGUGUCCCGCCACCGGCGUCGACCCAUGUGUCGUUGGACAAAGCUACGACGGAUGCGGGCACGGGGAAUCCUGACUCUGUCGCGAAGAACGCCGUAUCGGAGAAGCCUGUGGGGAAAAAACGCCGCCGCGAACGCCGCUUGGCGUUGAAAAAGACCCAGCUGUGCCGCCACUUUGACAAACCGGACGGGUGUCCGUUCCCAGAUUGUGUGUAUGCCCAUGGACUCGACGAACUACAAGACGGAGGCACGUUUACCGUGACGGCGCAACGCAAGCUGAUCCGCGACCAAGGAGAGAAGCGUCAAGCGGAUAAAUUUGUGCACAAGGACGACGCAACGGUGGUCGACUAUGUAUCUCGCACGGGCAGCAUGGUGGACAGGUACUAUACGCGGAUGUAUGCCGCCGACAUCAUGGGCGAGCCAUCCGAAGAUCAAUUCAUCAACAUGCACUCGAAUCGUCUCUGUGUCAUCGGGAUCGCACCUGGCCACGCUAUCUUCACGCGCGGGCUGACUGUGAUUGCAAUCGACUUUGAGCCGACCAUAGUUGAGAGCAAAGUGUCUGGGAAGAAGAAAAAGGGCGGCGUCUGGCUUAAUCCCGACACUGUCCUGUGUCGUAUCAAGUGUUCCACGGGGGACGUGUUCGCCUUCCGCAGCUGCAUUCGCGGGGCAUUGAUCGAGAUCAACGAGUCGCUAACGCCGGCGUUAUUCACGACCAAGCCAUUCACGCAAGGUUUCCUCGCUAUCGUACGACCCAAGCCGGUCGAAAUCGUCGAAAUCCAAGCGUCGCUGCUGCCGCAACAAGACUACCUCGAACUACGAGCGAGCCACGUCACCGCCGCCAGCUUUCGCUAGACUCUAAACUGCCCAUGCAUCCAUUUACCCUUGUCCUGGC